AUGGUUGAGGCAACAAAGACCGUGUCUGGAUCUGUACCCGAUCUUGGUACUGGAUCUGAUCCAGGUGCUCUUAAUAAUGUAAUCGACUUGGUCUCACAAUUGUCCGAGGACGGUUUGGCUCAACUUCAAAAGAAGAUCGAACUUCUUAAAUCUCGAUCCGGAGGAACAGCUGGCUCUUCUUCUUCUCCUUCUUCUUCUACUACCAAUAUCAAAUCCUCAACUUCAACAACUGUUGCAGGCACACUUCCUACUGACGCUGCUGCCUCUGGUACACCCCCGACUGCUUCAAGUACACCAAUUCCACCUACACCAAGUAUUACCACUUUGGAUGGAUCGGAGAAAUGGGGCUCAAAAGUCAUUAUUACUACGUACCCGGGUCAGCAAGGUGUGAAAUCUGUUCCUAUUAAAUGGGGUGCUAAGGACCCUUUGGAAAGAGGUCCUGUCAUUGUUAGCAGAACGACUGGAUCGUUGAAACGUAGAAACGCCAUUGGCGCUUAUUCAGGGUCAUACUCUAUCUACCAUGCUCUGGCGGUUGCUAUAAAUGAUCUCCCAGUGGAUCAUAAACCAGAUUUCACCAAUGCUCAGCCUCCUGUUGAUAUUGGUCCGUUUCCUCAAUGGGAAGGUGUUGAUAGGAUUGUGUCAAUGGAUCCAUUUGGUCACAUUGCUCCUUGGGUGUAUUCGGAUCUGGCUGCUAAAGAGAAUCUCGAUAUUCGUCCUACAAUUGCUGUGACCAAAGCUCAUAUGCAGUUGGCGGAAAUUCGUGAUGAGGUUAAAUCUGGUAAACUUAAAGUUGAUGGCAAGAUCGUUCUUAAUGAACAGGGUGAUUUGGCAGUUACUAAAGUGGCAGUCGAACCUGUUUGGUAUCUACCAGGAGUUGCUAAACGAUUUGGUAUUGACGAGUUGACUCUGCGUCGAGCUUUAUUCGAGGACACUGGAGGUUCAUAUCCUGAACUAAUCACUCGAGGCGACAUCAAGAUCUUUCUACCUCCUAUCGGCGGUCUCACUGCAUAUAUUUUCGGAGAUCCAGCCAAGGUAUCUGAUCCGAAUAGUAAAUUAGCAUUGCGUAUUCAUGACGAAUGUAAUGGUAGCGAUGUGUUUGGCAGUGAUAUUUGCACCUGUCGUCCUUAUCUGCUAUUUGGAAUCUCUGAAGCUGUUAAAGAGGCCCAGAAUGGUGGCAGUGGUGUGGUGAUUUAUUUCCGUAAAGAAGGAAGGGCUCUAGGUGAAGUCACGAAAUACCUGGUGUACAAUGCUCGUAAACGAGGUGGUGAUAACGCUGCCGAGUAUUUCAAACGAACCGAGAACAUUGCUGGUGUCAAGGACAUGCGAUUUCAAGUGCUCAUGCCCGAUAUUCUUCAUUUCCUGGGUAUCACGAAAAUCGACCGCAUGUUGUCCAUGUCCAAUAUGAAACAUGAUGCCAUUGUAGAACAGGGAAUCAAGAUCAUUGAACGAGUGCCUAUUCCUGACGAGCUGAUUCCUCCAGAUUCUCGUGUCGAAAUCGACGCCAAAAUUUUCUCUGGUUACUUCACCACGGGCAAGAUUGUGACUGCCGAAGACCUCCAACAAGUCAAAGGACGCCAGUGGGAAGAUAUCGACCACUAG